GAAGGGGGGUAAGAGAGGAAAACUGGGUGACAAAUACAUCUGAUAGUAACACGUUCUUUCAUGAUAUUCUUAUCUGCAACACAUUCAAAGUUUCAUCAUGCAUGUGUUCUGGAUCCGGCAUGUGCUGUGUGUGCUUGGCUUUGUGGUUGCAUCCUUGUGUGUGAACGAGAUUGAGUAUGAAGGGAACUACGCAGACAACUAUGACAAUGAGAUCUUUCAGGACCAGCAGGACGGGGAGUCUCCAACCACUCUAACCCAGGCUGCAGAUUUUUCCCGCUGGGACAAGCUUUUCAUCGCUCUGGAGGACUCCCACAUGAGGCAGAACAUGCUCUUGGAGUCUGUGGAGCAGUGCUUUGGAGGAAUGGUCUCCCUCAGGACCCUGGUGGAGAAGCUGACUCGGGGGACAUGCCAGGAGUGUGUACCCAGCAUGGAGUCUGCAUGCAGGAAACAGGCAGAGCAGGUUAGUCUCAGGAUGCAACGAGGUUUGGCGGAGCUCAGAGAGGAGGAAGCAGAGAGGGAGAGGAGGUUAAACGCUACCUUGCAGAUGCUCCUGAAGAGUAGUCAUGAGGAUAAAGCCCGGCUGAAGCGGCUGGAGGAAGGUAGCGGUCACAGAGUGGUGCCAUCAGGACCAGCAGACAGCAGGAUGGGACUCCAACCAACACCAAGACCUGAAGGUUUAGGGGCAGCUUUUGCCUUGGGGAUGAAGCCGUUCCCAUCUGGCCCAACGGAGCAGGAACUGACCUCAACACUGGACAAGGCCACAAUGGAAAAGGCCCUGGUUGCCAUGGCAACAGAGCUGCAGAGGGUCCAUCUGCAGCUGAGCAGAGUGAUAGAGCAGACAGAAACAUUGAGGAAGGACAGAGGAGACACAUAAAUUCCCCAGGAGGAGAGAAUAAUAAAAACCCUGGAAACCUUUUAUGUAGUUUUUAAAGGGCCUUUUUAUGUGAGCUUCUUUAUGUUUU